AUGGUCGUCACAGUCCCCACCGCCUCCCUCGAGGGCCAGGUCGCCCUUAUCACCGGCGCCGGCCGCGGUAUUGGUCGGGGUUGUGCCAUCGAGCUGGGCAAGCGCGGCGCUUCCGUCAUCGUCAACUACGUCUCGUCAGAAGGCCCGGCACAGGAAGUCGUCAAGAUCAUCCAAGGCUUCAACAACGGCGCCAAAGCCAUCGCCAUCCAAGCCGAUGUCAGCAAAGUCAGUGAGAUCACACGCCUCUUUGAACAAGGCAAGAAAGCUUUUGGCAAAAUCAACAUCGUCAUGUCCAACUCGGGCACCGAGUCCUGGGACGUGACCGAGGAGAUCACAGAGGAGAAGUACGAUCACGUCUUCAACCUCAACACGCGCGCCCAGUUCUUUGUCGGCCAGACGGCGUACAAGUACAUCGAGGACAACGGCCGCAUCAUCCUCAUGAGCUCCAUCGCCGCCGGCCUGCUAGGCGUCAAGGACCACGCUCUGUACAACGCGAGCAAGAUGGCCGUUAUUGGCUUCAUCAAGGCCUUCGCCACCGACUUUGGAAAGCGUGGGAUCACCGUCAACGGAGUCGCACCUGGCGGAAUCAAGAGCGACAUGUUCACACAAAACGCUUGGCACUAUAUCCCAGGAGGCAGUCCUGACUGGUCCGCUGAGAAGAUCGAGGGCCUGAUGGCGAGCCACUGUCCGCUGGGGCGGUGUGCUGUGCCCGAGGACGUAGCAAGAGUCGUUGCCUUUCUGGCGAGCGAGGAUGGCGGGUGGGUCAACGGGCAGGUCUUGACUAUUUCUGGAGGCUCGUCGCAGUAG